ACGACAUGGAGGUCAGAGCUUUCUGCAUCGCACUGUUGACUGUGAUGAUCCUGCUGUGUGCAGAGGAUCAGGAAGUUGAUGCAGCUUUUCUUCGUAUCUCUCCAAACAGACUGCAGUUCUUUGAAUAUGAGUCGGUCACUUUGUUCUGUGAUGGAGUCUUUUUCUGUGAUGUUGAACGUAAAUCAAUAUUGGAGACACCUUCGUGUUGCACCACUGAUGACAGAACAUCAACAGGACCUACCUGCACCACGAAAUAUGUUUAUCAAGACGACUCUGGAAAGUACUGGUGUGAGGAAGGAGGGCAGAGAAGAAACAUCAUCAACAUCAAUGUCACUUCUGGUUCUUUGAUCCUGGAGAGUCCUGCUCUUCCUGUGAUGGAGGGAGAAGAUGUGAUUCUGAGCUGCAGAACCAAAAAACCUUCCUCCAACAUCACUGUUGAUUUUUACAAAGAUGGAGUCCACAAGUGGAGAAGCACAACAGGAAAUAUGAGCCUCAAAACAGUCUCCAUGUCUGAUCAAGGAUUCUACAAAUGUAACAUCUCUGGAGUUGGAGAAUCACCACAGAGCUGGAUGUCUGUUAGAGUUUCAGGAUGUUCUAGCGUUGAUGCAGAAGAUCACAAAGACUCUUAUCCUCCCUGCUCUCUCCCCCCAAUUACACCAUGGAUCAUCAUCGCCAUCUUGUUGAUGCUUCUCUUGUUGGUUGUGGGACGACAUCACUUUGGCAGAUUUGCCUGUAGCAGAGAUGCGAGUUCAUGGUCACAGACAGUGCCUGAUUCAAGGUCAUCAGACCAUCAGACAGUCUCUGUACAGGCCAGUGCACCUGCAGCAAUCCAACCAAUGUAUGCUACUGUGACCAAGACCAGGAAGAAGAACGAUAAAGAUGGAGCGUCAGCCAUUUAUCACGCUUUUAGCCAAAAUGGGUCUCCACAGCAAGCAGCAGAGUCCAGCAUUCCCUCAGUGUCCCCAGUUGACAGUGACGUCCACUAUUCUACAAUUCAGGAUAUUGCUAAGUGCUGACUGAAAAGAAGCGGUUCUGCAUGGAAACCAGGAAGUAACACAGUUACAGCUAGUAUUGUACAAACAAAAAUGAAAAAAAGAACAUACAGGUUGUUGGGUUUAUCAAGCUUGACAGCAUGUGCACUAACCAAGGUAUCAGAGAAGUUUCGGUUUAUUUUCAUCAGCCAGUUCAACCAACUUCUUCCAUCAGCCUGAUCUGUUCACACAGUUUCACCCCAGAUGAACUCUGCUGCUGCUUCUAAACGUGUUGCGGUUCUCUAUGUAUCUGAAGGGGUUGUAUUGUUUUUUUAGGCUGUGGUCAGCAACGAGACAAAGGUUUCAUGUCAGAGAAUAAAAGUCAUGUGCUAAACGUCA